CCACCUCUUCGUUCGUGAAACCUUCCUCCGUCCCUCUAGUCGAGAUGCUAGGUGCCCGCCUUCAGUUUCUGUAUUCCUUGAUCUUACCCAGACCUCCAUUCGAGAUACCACCUUCACACCACGACCCGAUACGGCAUAUUAGAAAUUCUCGAAGACACACUCUCAGUACACAUCCUAGCAAGAUUUCAUGGGAUUCCGCACAAGACUAUGAUGCUGGUCAAACACUCACUCGCCCAACUUCACCGUAUACCCCAGCGAAAAUAGCGAGACACCGACGGAACUCUGCUACAGAUACGCCAAGGUCAACAGUAUCAAAGAAAUCGAGGCGAGCAACGACAUGCUGCUGUAGCUGCCAUUGUCCUUACACUACUCCGAAGUGCUCCGUUGAUUCUGAGCUUAAUAUGAUUCAGGCGGCUCCCACUUUGGACCUACCUUAUGUCGAAGAUAAUGACAUAUUUGGACCCACGCUAGAGAUGCCUCCGCAUAUCCUCCGCAAGCGCAAAAGUAAACUUCCUUCCCGUCCCGCAUCCGAGUACUCUUUCCCCAGAAUAUACUCAAAAGAUCACUUUUAUCAACAUUCCAGGAGGCAUUCUGGAGACUCAUUUGGAAGUGUAAAGGUACACCGUCCGCUCACUAAGUGCUUAAAUGCUCAGACGAAGGCAUAUUCCAGCGCAAACUGAAGCGGCAUCUCAGUCGCCGGGGAUUAUCUCAGGUUAGCAUUCCAUUAUUCUUUAUGGCCUUCUCUUCACUGUGUAUGCCGUGGACUUCUGUUCAGGUAAACAUUCAAUAUUCC